AUGUCUAAACUCUCCACUGAAGCAUGGGAAUUGAUAUCAAAGUAUGAUGUGGGCAGACUGGAGUUCCUCGUUAGGCUGGCAGCCCAGCUUCAGCCUCUAUCUACCUCUCCUCUACUCAUAUCGGACUCCAGGUCCGAGUUCAAAACUGUAGAUGUACGCGGGGACACUGUCAGAAUUCAUCUUGUGCGGGUUGGUGGUCGUGUGUACAUCAGCCAUCUCUCAGAUCCUGACGAGGAUGCUACCAAAAAGCAUGAUAGAAAUACCCUGCUAUAUAGGGACUACUGGUUUGGAGACAGCAAAUUUCUAGCCGUCAAGACUGACAGUAUUGGCGUGGUUGAUAUAGCUCUGGAUGAAAGUGGUGGUCGAUCGAACUGGAUAUUCCACCAUCCCACUGCGCCCUUUCAAAAGCAGAUAUCCAGAGUCAGAAAUGCUGAUCUACAUACACUACGCCUUUCGAUGAAAUGUCGAGCCAUACUGCCCACCAACAGAAUUGGUGUUGUGCCUUACUUCGACGCAGACAAUAGUUUAGGGUCAACGACUCAUGGCUUCCCGGCUUGCCACAGAACGGUAUCCUUAUCCAGAAGUUUAUCCUCGACCGCGCCAUUGGCAUCUAGCUAG